UUCAGCACCGCGGACAGCUCCAGCGGGUGAAAGCAGCCAGCAGCAGCAGCAGCAGCAGCAGCAGCGGGUCGGUUCUCUCCGCUGCUCUGAAAAAAGAAAAAAAAAGAAAAAAUUAAAAAAAGAAAAAAAAAAUCUGAACUGAGAUUUGUAACACCUCUCGGGGACAGCGGAGGGGGAUCUAGUUUAAUUCAACCCCGAUGCAGGCGACAUAUUUGUAGUGACAGGCUGCAGACAAAAAGACAAAACCAUUACAGGACUCCUGAGGUUUGCGUGGUGUGCAAUCUCUGCGAAGUUUUUCCGCCACUGAAAGGCGUCCUGCCUCCUCCUGCCGGUCCGCACAGCCCGGGAAACCUGCUGCUGUUCAAGGGGAAGUUGAAAAGGAAACAAAAGUGUCAACACCACGUCAGCGCCUUCUUCGGUUUGGACUAUAUCCUUCAAGAAGUUGUUGGACUUUUUCUUUUCUUUUUUUCCUUCGUUUGCCCAGCUCCACUGCGUAAAUUUCUGGUUUUCUGAGCGUGUGCAGAAGGAUUCUUAUUUGUCGGAUAAUACUCCCAGAAGCAAAAGCGGCAAGCAAGACAAGUUUCUUUUUUUUAAUUCGGCUCAAUAGGCUUCCGUCAGCCUCCGCCGACUGCCUUUGUAAUGCUCUUUUUUCCAGCAGCGAUGGGAGUCCUACAGCCACUGAUGCAAGCUUUUGAUGCGUCCGGAUACAUUUCACCUCUCUGGCAGCGCUGAUUCUGAUUCUCUCCUCCUCCUCAAAGUCACUCAUCUCAGUCUGUUCCAUUUAACAUUCACAGGAGGGACGCCCCGGACUGCCAUCUUCCCCCCCAUUUUCGACUACACUGCCGAAGACUGGUAGGUGAUAAUGGCCAUGGAUCGAUGAACAAUGCUUAUUCAGAUUAUUGUGAGAUGAAGUUGGAGGCCCUGCAACGCAGAAUAAACGAGGACGCUUAGGCAACUUUUUUUUUUUUUUUACACUGAUCCAUUAUUAUAUUUUUCUUUUUCUGUUUUUAAACUUGCUGUAGAAAUAGGUGUGUGCCCUGUCUGUAGCUGUUCAUGACGGAAAGGAUGGCGCUGAGUGGAAACUGUAGGACUAACCCCAAAGAGCAGGCAUCAGUUCAGAACAGUUUCCCAGAUGUGGUUGAAUUAAACGUAGGGGGGCAGGUUUAUUACACGCGUCACUCAACUUUGGUGGGCAACCCGAAUUCAUUACUCGGUAAGCUAUUCUCCUCCAAAAAAGAAGCAUCAAAUGACUUGGCGAGAGACCCCAAGGGCCGUUACUUCAUCGACAGAGACGGGUUUUUAUUCCGGUAUGUGUUGGACUACCUCCGAGACAGGCAAGUCGUCCUCCCGGACCACUUCCCGGAGAAAGGGAGGCUCAGGAAAGAGGCGGAGUACUUCCAGCUGCCCGACUUAGUGAAGCUGCUGACCCCUGAGGAUAUCAAGCACAGCCCGGACGACUAUUUCCACAGCGACUAUGAAGAUGGGUCCCAGGGCAGCGACCACCGGCAGUGCCCGCCGCCCUCCCUCGUCCCCGCGGACAGAAAGAGCGGCUUCAUCACAGUGGGGUACAGGGGGUCGUGCACCAUGGGCCGAGAGAGUCAGACCGACGCUAAGUUCAGGAGGGUACCUCGGAUACUUAUAUGCGGGCGGGUGGCCCUGGCUAAAGAAGUUUUUGGGGAGACCCUGAACGAGAGUCGGGACCCGGACAGGACCCCGGAUCGGUACACCUCCCGGUUUUACCUCAAGUUCAAGCACCUGGAGAGGGCUUUUGACAUGCUGUCGGAGUGUGGUUUCCAAAUGGUGGCCUGCAACUCAUCAGUCACUGCCUCGUUUGUCAACCAGCACACAGAGGACAAGAUCUGGUCCAGCUACACAGAAUAUGUCUUCUACCGCGGUCCAUCACGUUGGUCCUCCCCUCCAUGUGAUUGCUGCUGCAAGAACCAUAAGGGUGACGGCGAAGGCGAGAGUGGCACUUCCUUUAACGACCUCUCCACCUCCAGCUCUGAGAGCCAGUCAGAGGCCAGCUCACCCCAGGGAACAGUCAUCCGUGGCCCGGUUAGCCGCCAAUCACACCCCCACGCCAAUGUCCAAACCCUGGACAGGCCAUUGAAAAAGGGCCCCGUCGCCAUGCUCCAGCAGUCCGAACAACGGCGUAAGAGUGACUUGCUGCGCACGCUCACGGCGAGCUCCCGCGACACCAGCACCUGCAAGAAAAGGCCAGCGAAAGAGAAGCUGACGGUCGAGGAGGAGCUGGAAAAGUGCAUUCAAGACUUCCGCAAGAUCAAGAUCCCAGAGAGGUUCCCUGAGAGGAAGUACAUGUGGCAGGCUGACCUGCUGAGAAAGUACCGCCUCUGAGCCAGGAAACAGGAGAGAGGGAGCAAACACAUGAGGCCAAGGAUCAGUUUACAUGUUUUUUGAUCAUGACUUUUGCAACAAAAUGGAGGCAACACUAAACUCAUUUGAAUCCAGUUCCUGAGGGAAAUUUUCUCCUGUAUGUCAGCAGAUUGAACGUCUACGCAGAAGCUAGAAAGAAGCAUAAAAAAACAGACUGAUCUCUUAUUGACGUAUGUAUGUGUGUGUGUGUGUAGUUUAGGUCUACUGUAUGUACUUGUUAGUAUGUGCUGUACCUUGCUGAAUGCUUCAGAGCUUUGAAUAAUUUAUCCCUGAGGACCAAUCACAGUGGGCGAAAGACAUCUGAUCAACCAACCGGAAGCUUGCAAAUGGCUACACUGGGAUUUACUGAGGGUCACUGGACUGUACACACUGUCAUUUGACAUCACUGAAAACCCAUCCACAGGGCCACAGUUUUAGUCCACAAAGACAAACACUGAUUUAGUUUGUGAAUGUGUGUGUGUGUGUGUGUGUGUGUGUGUGUGUGUGUGUGUGUGUGUGUGUGUGUGUGUUUCGCACCCAGGUGGCCUAGAGGUCACAGAUAAAUCUGCAUCAGGAUCCAUUAAUAAUUCAUGCUGUCCCGACAGUGCUCUCACUAUAAAUACACCCAGAGCUCUCUGCUGCCAGGGUAGUGUAAACAGCUGGGUCAAUUACUUUACUUUUAGUCAACAUUUGAGGACUUCUGAGGCAGGAGGAGGUACAAUUUCAUCAGCAGCACAAUUAAUUUCCUUCUUCUAAUAUCAGUUGUAUUGCAAACGUACCCCGAGUGAAUUCAACCACCGUACGCUGCAUUGAUUUGUUGCUGCGUUGGCUAAAUGUAGAGCAAUACCCAGGUUACAGUGUGAAGGAUAAGUGAAAGAGUGAAGGAUCUCAUUUGAUAGUCAACCCAUGGGGGAAAUACAGCAGUCCUGAUUCAACACACCUAUACACACACACCCUUCCAUUUAUUGGACUGGCAUUUAACCCAUUUACAUUACUGAAAUCAACAGAGCACUCACAAACGCACCCACACAAGCACACAAAGGGAUCAAUCGUAAGGUCAUUUAAAUGUUCAAUGACACCUGCAUGGAAUACGGACAGAAGUGGACAGGAUCGCUACAUUUGCUAACCUCUGUCAGGACAGACCGAUGCGUUUUCUGCACUGACUCUUGACACGGUAAUCAAUAGUUAUUGAUGAUAGAGUCCGGUGAUAGAGCCGAUAGACGUGGCUCUUGUUUACAGUUAUUAAUGAAGCCCCUGGGUUACUGAUAAAGACAAGCUGUUCGUGAAAAUUAGCAAUUAUUCAUGCAUUCAUUUAAGUACUCUUGGCUCUGUCAGAGUCAAUGGGAUGUGGAUUGCAAUGUGGCUACAGAAACAAACAUUGCAGAUAGCGUAUUUUAAAAGAGCACAAUUCAAGAACAGUUUAAUUUCCUGGUAGGUUGAUUGUUAUUUAUUUAAGGCUGUUGUUGGAUCAUAUAUAUAUACUGAAAGAAUGAUUUAGAAAUAAUUUAAUACAGCAAAUUAAAUUAUUGACCACAAUAAAUGGCUAAAAGCACACAGACGUAAACCCAAAAAGAAUUGUUGUCAGAUGCAUUGUUUAUUUAAAGAGGUAGUGUUACUCACAUCUCUCGUUUUAGGACGGAACAUAUAUGAAAGGACUGAACGUAUACAACAGUCACAACUACAAAGGAAACAAGUGACAUGUCAGAAUUAGAGUUCAAGAUGUUAAAAUCUUUUAUUGCUACAAGUAAAUCAGAUGUUAAUGUGUUUGUAAUUCCAACAACACGACCAAUAAAAUGUAUGCCGUUAUGAUAUAAUAUGAGACAAAUCUGAUCAGAUUUGUUUUGGAGUUUCUUUAAGAUGAAGUAACUAAAGUAGACGACUGGCGAUCAACUGCUUACAGAUAAAUGUGUUUGUUGACCACAGCUUCAGGUGAAAUUUGAGGUAUUUAUGAAUGGUGUGACAAUAGACAGCUGUGAUGAAAAAGGUGGUUUGAGUUGUUAAGUUUGAAAUAUUAUGAAUUGACUUGUACUGAUGAAAGUUCACAAUGACCUUGGUAGCUUAAGAUUAAAAAAAAUAGGGGAGGAAGUGGAAAUCAUUUUCACAGAUAAACUUGAUUUGAACUUCUCAUAGUUUAUAUUUGUUCUAAAAUCUUAUGAAAGUGCAGAGGAGUGGGCUUUAUAAACAAUCAACGCUUUUUACAAAGCACAAACUAAGAAUACAGUUUAAUUAAAAGCACACCCAAAUAAUAAAAUAUGCAGAAUAUAUACUUAUUCAAAAAUCACCUUAUUUAAAAAUGUCCCUGAUAUGUUCAUAAAAACUGAUAUUACAAAAUGUUUUAUUAUACUUAUUUUUCUAUCCAAAGGCCUUUAAAUUAAUAUAUAAUCAAAUGCCCUUAUGUUUCCCAUAAAAUGUAUUUCCUUUGAGAGAACUGGUUGGAGGAGAUUUCCGGUUAUAUUCAGAAAUAUGGUUGCAAUAGGUGCUAGAUUCAAACCUUCCAUUUUCCUCAUGUCAAUACAAUGAAAAUUACUUAUUUUUCUACACUGCUGGAAUAUUACGUUUUCAUUUCAAAGUCAUUUAUCUUAUCAGUUUAAGUUGAAAUAUGUUAAUUCAGACUACAUAUCAUAUGUAAAUAAUCAUCAUAAAUCAUACCUAACCAGAAUAAUGUAUUAUACUCUCUGUAUAUAACAUGCAAAUCCAUGAGGCGUGGCUGCUACUUUGUUCUUGUGAUGCAGUAGACUGACACUAAUGUAAUACAGCCAUUCUUGUUUUAUCAUUUCGAGUGUUGGGCCAUCAGGGAUGAGGGAAAAUAUAAUACACUACUAUACCAUGCUAUAUACCACAAUAACAAGUGAUAAGUUAAUCGAUUUUCAGGACAAAAGUGUCAUAAAUGGUCGUUCAGCACAUUUGUCUGAUAGCACCACAGAGGCAGUCACUGCUGAAUAAGACCAUUCAGUGACUGAAUUGCGAUCAGUAGAUCUUCAAAUUUAUAUUUAGUGCUUAUCAAAGAGAAAAGAAAAAAAAAAGAUUGUUUAAAAAUCAAAAGCUACAAACUGUUCAGCUGUAACACUGGAGCUUCGGUUACCACACAGUGCAGUCAGAAAGUGUUAGGACUAUAAUUUCGUUUUUUUUUGUGUGUGUGUGUGUGUGUGUUGUUUUGGCUCUGUACUCCAGAACAUUGGGUUUGAAAUUAAACAAAGACUAUGAGGUGAAAGUGCUGACUUCAAGCUUCUAACAGUGUUUGUUUCAUCCAUAUUGGGCAAAUCACCCCCCCCCCCCAAUUAUAAAACAAUCCAGCAGGAUAAUGAUUCUAUACACAGAGGCAAAGCAACAAAGGAGGUUCUAUGGAUAAAUACUUCAAUGUUUCUUGCCUGAUCAAGUUGAUCAUCUGGCCUCACUUCAACUAUGAAGGCCAGCAUGAAGUGAAGACAGCUGCAGCAGAGAGGGAGACAUGGACUACAAUGGAUUUGCGGCCAAAUACUGAAUACGACAACUUAAACUGGGGGACUUUAAGGGGCCACAUGCACGACAGUUUGGAUGUAAAGUUCACUCAAGUGAAAGCAAAGCUGAAAAUCUAAACUGAGACGGAGAGUCUAGUGAACUAGAGCACAGAGCCAACACACAACAACACUGACUGCACUGUACAGUUCAUCUUUAAUUCUCCUCAUGCACCUUUAAUCUUUGCUAAAGUGGGUUGCAUUCUCGGUUAGUUUGCUUGGUCUGAACCAAAGGUAAAACACAUUUUUGUUGUGGAAUAGCAUACCGUAGGUUCACACUGACCAGUUACAAACAAGUAGGGCUCGUUACAACUACAGGCCAGACAAUACCUUGCUUCUGGUCAAUUUUUACUUUUUUAGGUGAUCUGAGAUCUGAAAAACAUCAUCAGAAUUUAAGAUACAGAAUCAAGUUUAUUCCCCUUUUUCCGUUUCCCAUAAAUCAUGUUUUCAGCUACUGGUACAAUCAUUAUGAUCCAAACACGGUAAACAGUUUGAACGUGAAAGAUAAAUGUUUCUUCAUUUUUCAAAACUGUUCCAAUUUUAAUUAUUUUUUUGACAUCAAGUUAUUUUUGACAUCUGCAGUACUUAGUCUUGCGCUGUUCAUAUUCAGCACCGUUCUAGGCAAGAAAGCAAGUUGAUAUUCUUGCAGGUUUUGGGUUUGCUAGACUCUGCCUGCCAUUCUAAAAACGUGUUGAGCUUAUCCAACAACAAGGAGGAUCAGUCACGGAAAUUAUUAGACAUUAGAAAAAGGAUUAGAAAUGAUGUUAAACAGACACACACUGGAAAUGAAUACCAAGACACCCGGAGGCCUUCUAGAGUAGACUACAGCUGUUUUUGCACAAUGUAUAAAGUUAAUAAAAACACACAAACAAGAAAGUAUUUGAAAAAGAGAUAAAUAUGUUAAUAAUCACCUUACAUGCACAAUACAGCCACAAAUGAUGUGUCUGUCAUGAGAGAGAAAGAUUCAAAUAUUUGUUGUAUUGUAGAUCAAGGUUACAAAUUUUCACCUUCAGAGCAUGUGAGAUAAUGUUCAGUUCUUUGGGCCGUGAAAUGAACAACAAUGAUGUAAAUCUUAUUGCUAGAGAAUGACUGCAAUGUUGUUUUAAGUCACAUGUGAUGUAUGAAAAGGAGGAGAGACUGAACUGAUGUUUAGUUUGUCAAUUUCUGUUAUUUUUGGAGUGCCCGGCUGCAGUCUGUGAUUUUCUUUCCUGAAGUUAUAGUCAUGCCCUGCAAGUGAAGCCUGAGUUCAUGAUUGCAGGCACUGUUAUUUUUCCUCCUGCCUCUGAUGAGCCUGCGAACCUCAAAGAAAAUCACAUUCUUCUGACACCACCAUGGUCGACCCGGCACAUUCUGUUUGAAACAAAAAGGGCGUCUGUUUUGAUGUAUGUUGUUCUGACACAAAAAAGAAAAAAAAGGAAAAAAAAAGAAAAAAUGGUUCAGAAACAUUGUGAGCAUGUUGGUAUACAAAACUUAUAACAGAUUUAACUUAGUCUGUUUGUGUGAAAAAGAUUAUGUCAAAAACUGAUAUUUAACAGAAAAAGAAAACUUGCAAAAAAGUUAAAAAAUAAAAAAAUAAAUGAAAAAAAAAGAAGAAAAGAAAAGCACAAAUGUGUUGAUAGUGUCUGCUGUUCCUCCACAGUUCUAUAACAUUAUCAAAUAAAAAGUCAACUCAGCAGCGUGACCAAGCUCCUGCAAAAUAGAGCGAGUCUCACCAGGGGCAUGUAGCUCAUGGAAUACUUGUUUCACCAUGAAUCAUCUAAGAAAUAUUAACACACUAUUUUGGCAAUUGUAGAAUUAUGAAAACCUGUCCAUCAAAGUUUCUCUAACCUUCAAAUUACACAUAGAUUUACUUCCAUCGCUGAUAUAACUAAACGUACAAAUUGUCAACAACCAAACAUCCAUGGUGAGAGUCGCCCUGUGUUCCAGGUGUGACGUCCUGUUACUACGUCUGCCUUUAGAGACAAUACGAUUCAUCCGAGAGUGUUUAGAUACGAAGCAUAUAGUAAUUUUGAAAAUGUAUGAGUACAACCAAUAAACAAGACAUUCUGUAUAGCGA